AUGUUGAGAAAGAAUAGGAUCCGACCAGCCAGCAGAGGCGAUCCGACUCUGCUGGUCCUGACCUUGCCAGAGCAUGCAUCGGCGUUUGGCGAUGAGGUUGAUGUCUUCGCCAUGCCGCUAGAAUUUAGACAAGGGAGAAUGCUCCUUGCUAUCCCAAAGGACACUUUGUCCGCCCAAGCACUUGCAGAUGGCCAGUCGGGGUCCGAAGAGAUCUUAUUUGGGCCUAAUUCAAUUUUUGCUUCUGACCUUCUAGAUGAAGGUGAGGAUCUCAACUUCACUGUUCCCGUUGGUGUCGAAGUGGAGGUCUUAGUCGUAGAUGUCUCAGAUGAUGUUUUAGCACUCUGCAGAGAAUAUGAUCCAGUCACUGACACCACAGCCACGAUCCUAGGAUACUCCCACGAGCAUCCGGCCAGCCUUCCUGAACAUACUAGGUUGCUUGUCCAGGUGAAUAGUUGGCUUCUGUCGCGCACUGACGAUCGGACAGGUUUUUAUACUGCUCAAGAAGACCAGGAACAGGGUCCGAAAGCCAGCAAUCCCCCGGGCACCGGGGUGCCACCAGGCAAGAAGCCUGCGACCGCAAAGAGGGUUUCCAAUGCAGCCAUCGCCGAGCAACUGACAGCUUUGUCUGCCCAACUACAGCUGUUGUCCCAGAGGCAGGAUCGUCUAGAGUCGUCUGGUCCUGGGUUUGCAGGUCAUGCUCCCGAGCCUUUUGUUGGUCCCACGCCAAAGUUGCCUGCAGUGUCGGCACAGAUUCAGAAUCAAAGCGGCAUGUUGCAGACAGGUCAAGCCAAAGCAUUGAACCUGAUAGGACCUCCCCCUCGGACGCGUGCAGCCCCAGCAGCACCAGGUGCGAACGAUGCCGUGCAAGACGAACCUUACGACCCAUUGCAACCAACUGCAGGCGAUCCCGAAAGCAUAGCCAGUGCCAUUGCUCAGCAGAGCACAGCGAUAACAGCUCUGGUAGCACACCUCACGUCGCAGUCCGGCGAUGUGAUGGGAGACUUUCUGUCAACAGGGCAGUCAUCCAGUACCACAAGAGGCGUUCAAAGAAGAGAGAAAAUGCAGAACGACCUUGCGACAGGCAGCAGUUGUUAUUUCUUCCAACUCAUGCAGCAGCUUCACAGGCGCUUGCACCCAUCGAAACCUGUUCCACAGCGAGAGGAGGAGUUGACAAGGUCUGUCAGAGGGUAUCGGAAUCAGAGAGAAAUGGGCUUGGUGGCAUGGGUUUUAGGACAUGCCUUGGAUGCGGCAGCUGCAGGGGACUUUCGACACACGAAAGAAGUCCUGGCCUUGUUGAUGGUGGCAGUGGAGCAGUCCGUCCUGGAUCGAGGGGAUUGGUCCCUCGCCUUCAUGCUGACGUUGAUGGAGGAGCCACCUUUACAGAUGUUUCAGGAAAGAGCCAUGACCCUUGCCCAAAACGCCAAGCCUUUUGGACCUCUAGUACCACCACAGUGGACCGCAGUCUGCCUCUCUUACUUGAAGGACCUGGAGGUGUUGGCAAACAAGAAGGUAGAAACUGCCAAGCGAGCUGCAAAGCCUCCGCCUGCCAACCCAUCAGCAGGGAGUACGGGGGAGCCGGAAAAGGAGGAAUCUCCGCGGCGCAAGCCGAGGCUGGCGAGUCUUAUGCUGGCUGACGGCCCUGUGGAGCCUUUUGAAGUGUUACGCAGUGGUCGGCGUUUUCAUUUUUUGGUAGCACGUCUUGCAGAAUUAUCAGAAGCCUUGACAAAGCUUGGUGUGGGAGCUGGCCCUUAUGAGAAAGUCUUCCCUGGGCAUGAUGUUCCACUCAACAAUGCACUUUUUGAGGAGCUUGAACCCUACCGAGCUCUUGAUGCUGAGCGCUUGAAGGUGGUGGGAAGUGGCCAUUUUGAUGCGUCUCCUUAUUUGUCCCCUGAGCUGUGUGUUGCCUAUCGGUACCCGGAUGCUCUGUUGCUUGAUCGCUUGCCCAGCAGUCAUGAGUUUCCGCAAAAGGCUGAUCCAGUUGAUGAGGUGGUCAAGUUGGCAAAGCUUUGGGACGUUCGUGGCCUUCUCCAUAUCCAUGAUGUUGACAUCAUGCACGAAAGGCGCUUUGAGCUAGUCAGGGUUUUCAAUUGCUAUAAAAACUCAGCUUGCGACCGCCAGAUAGGUAUGGGUCCAGACUGCAGCAAGGUGAUAGGCUUGGUACUUCUGAACGGCAAUCCUUUAAGAGAUGUCAAGAAGGAUCUCUAUGCCAAGCAUGAUAUUUUGGGGUCAGAUGACAAGGACAUUACAGGGGCUAGGCGUCCCCUGAUGUCCAUCCUUUCCAAGUCCUUUCGUCUGGUCUCCAUGGAUAACUUUGAUGCAGCCUGUCCGAAGAUGGUCCCGUUGCCGCGUUCAAUUGUGAACGAGCUCACUCUGCUUAGCAUUCUAGUUCCGCUGUGUGCCUCUGACAUUGCAGCACCGUUUUGUGACCAGCUUUUUGCAACCGAUGCCUCACUACAUAAGGGGGCGAUUGUGCAAGCUCAGGUGCCACAGACAGUCAUCCAAUCGCUUUGGAGGAGCUGUAGGUCAAAGGGUGGAUAUUCAAAGCUCCUUGAUAAGUCCCAGUCGAUUUUGUCCAGGUGCUUGGAUUUUGAGGAAGAAGAGCCAGAUCGAAGCGUCUCUGUGAAACGUCCCCUUGCAUUCAGGUUCGACUUUGUCGAGGUCUUUGCUGGUGCUGCCACAGUAACAUCAAAGGUUGCCCAACUUGGAUUUUCGGUGUGUUGCCCCAUUGAUAUCUCUUUUGACCGCGAGCUUGAUGUUGCCAGUGUGUUUAUCAUUGAGUGGUUAAUUCACUUGGUUAGCAACCAUUUUGUAAAAGCGGUCAUGUUGGAGCCUCCAUGCACGACCUUCAGUGUAAUGAGGAGGCCUCCUUUGAGAUCGAAGCAAGCUCCGUAUGGGUUUGAUACGCAAGAUGAGCAGACUCUUACCGGUACCAAGCUUGCCCUCCGGGCACUGCAACUGUUGUUUGUUUGUCUGCGUGCUGGGGUGACGGGAGUCGUGGAAAACCCUUGGUCUUCAAAGAUCAAAAAUCUCCCACCUUGGAGAGCAAUCAUGGACCAUGACCAAUGCACUAUGGUACGGUGUGACUCGUGUUUUUAUGGGAGCCCCCACUUGAAGGCUUUUGUUUUCCUUUGUGCAUGGGCGCAUACAAACCCGAUUGAGGGACGAUGCAGGGGUGACCAUGAGCAUGUACAAGUGGCGGGCGCACUUACCAAGAAGUCAGCUACUUACGUUGAAGGCCUUGCCUCUGCCCUUGCUGUGGUCAUGUCCGAGGGGAUCAUCCGGCUUCGGGAUUUUGAUUUUGAGAAUGCCCCUGAGAAAGUGAGUGGACUUGAGAGUCAACUGGUGAAUGAGGUAUGCCUUUCCUCUAGCUGGUCGCUGCUUUCCGUUUGGGCCUUCCGUGUCUCAUCCCAUAUCAACUUACUUGAGUUGAGUGCUGUCCUUCGUCUGGUGACUAGACUGGUAAAAAAGGGUAAGAGCCUGCGAGUUGUCAUCCUUGUCGAUUCCAAUGUGGUAAGAUGUGCCGCCUCCAAGGGCAGGUCUUCGUCCAGAGCCCUGUCGAGAUUGCUUUCCCGUCUGGCUGCCUUGAGCGUUGUAGGUGGACUUUUUGUGGUUUUUGGUUUCAUCCCUACCAGGUGGAACCCUGCAGACGAUCCUACUCGUGACACAAUCCUUCGGUCCUCCAUCCCGGGCAUGGAUUUAGCCGCUUGGGAUCGUCCUGACUUGUUUCGUCUCUCCUGCUUUCCUCGGUGUCGUUGUUGGUGUUCCAACUGGGUUCGGCUUUGUCUGUUGCUUUGUGGCCCUGCUCUGCUUCGGUGCGCUGACCGCUCCUGCUAUGCCAAGCCUCGGUUUCCCUAUGGCAUGUCCUGUGGCUUUGUGGAUUUUGCGUCUGAUCCCUGUGUGCCUCCGUUGGACUUUGAUUCGACGCUUGGAUUUCCAGGUGAAGGGCCAUCGACUGACCUCGUUUGUAACAGUAGACCCCUCAGACUUGUGCUUUGGGUUGCCAUGAUUUCCUCCUGCGCCAUGGCUGUUUUGCAACCUCGAAAUCCUGGAGACUUAUUGAGACAGUCACAACGCAAUGCCAGGCCCCCAUUGCAAGAAGGGCGCCCGGUGUUAGGAGUGACUAGUCAGCUAAGGUCAUCCUAUAUUUCUCAGUUUGAGGCGUGGCUUUUUGGCCAUGGUGUUCGCCUGGAGGUGCUUCUUGAAAAUUCAGCAACCAGGGUCGACGAUGUCAAUCGGUGGUUAGUUAGCUAUGGCCGCUGUCUGUAUGGAGUGGGGCGACCAUAUAAUCAUUUCGCCGAGACUAUUAAUGCUGUCUCAGCAAAGAAGCCGGCAUUGCGCCGACAGCUACAAGAGGCGUGGAACUUAGCUUUUGCUUGGGUGAGAGAUGAGCCCACAACUCACCACAUAGCGAUACCAUGGCAGGUACUUCUGGCUUGUAUUUCAGUUUCUUUGAUUUGGGGCUGGGUUGACCUAGCAGGGAUGCUGGCGCUGACUUGGGGAGCUGUCUUGCGAGUUGGAGAAUUCUUGAGUGCGACCAGGAAAGAUUUGCUUCUACCUUGCGAUACAAACUUUACAAAUUCUUUUGCUCUUUUGGCUCUUAAGGAGCCCAAAACCAGGUGUACUGCUGCUCGACAUCAAAGCGCAAAGUUGGACAUACCGGACUUAUUACGUGUGGUUCAUCUUGCCUUUGCGCGUCUGCAACCUCAACAGAAGCUUUGGCCUCGUUCAGGACAGACACUUCGUUUGCGUUUUAAACAGGUUUUGGAAGAAAUUGGAAUUCACUCGCAAGUGAGACUCAAUGGAAAAUCUUUGGAUCUGGGUGGACUGAGAGCAGGUGGCGCUACAUGGAUGAUCCAAGUCACUGAAGAUUCCGAAUUUGUCUUCAGCUUGUGCAAUUUCUUUCUACAAGCUGUUUCAGGUGCUGAGAAGUUUAGUGCUGCAGAUAUACCACCUACG